CAUUAUUACGUACACGAAGUGACUCACGGCUAAAACCUAUAUAAAUGGAAGGGGGAAGGCAAAAACGAUACAAUUUACCCCUAAACCCCUCAGAUCAACAGAUCCACUACAAUGAAGUUUCUAGGACUUUUUAUAGCAACGUGUUUGUACCUAAUGGCUGAUGCCAUGGAAGAAAAAACAAUUGACGAGCUAAUGAUGGAAGCCACCAAUGACAGUAUGAGUUUUGAUCUGGUGUCCAGUGCAUCAGGCGAGAACCCUACCGUCAGAGUAGAACACGACAUAAUGAUGACAUUAGAAGAUUAUAUGCAGCAAGAAAAAGAAAGAAUGGCAGAAGAUAAAAUGGGAAGGAGAAAGAAGAGGAAAGCGAUCCGAUCCGAAACGAGCAGAUGGCCAAAUAAAAUAGUUCCUUAUGAAAUUGCACCAAACACAUUUUCUCAGUCAGAACUGCGUCAGAUUAACCUCGCUAUCGACGACUGGAACCGAGAGACCUGUGUCGUGUUCCAACGAAGAGAUGGCGAAUCCCGAGCCGUCAGAUUCCAGAAUGGCCAAGGGUGUUCGUCUUUUGUUGGGACAAUUGGCAAUGUUCAGCCAAUCAGCUUGGCCAGGGGAUGUCGUAUAAGAAGAAUCGUGGUCCAUGAAAUGGGACACGCUGUGGGAUUCCAACAUGAACAAUCCAGACCGGACAGGGACGGGUUUGUCCGGAUACGCACAGAAAAUAUACCCCAGCCGGUCCUCUUUAACUUCAACAGGCUCCCCACGAGCCGAGUCAAUAAUUUCGAAGUACCUUACGAUUACAGAAGCGUGAUGCACUACGGAGCCAGGGAUUUUUCAACUAACGGUCAAAUAACCGUGCAGACAAUAGACUCCCGAUUCCAAAAUAUCAUCGGUAGAGCACCCGGACUCAGCUACAACGACAUCAAGCUUGCCAACAUUAUGUACAACUGUGCAGAGGACUGCCCCGCCCAGAGUUGUCCGGGAGAAGGUUUUGUCGGCAAGGACUGUUCCUGUAAAUGUCCCACCAACAACCCCAGCAACCCGGUCCAGAACUGUUCUGGCACCACCCUGGUCACCACCACCUCCGUCUCCUCCUCCACCAUCAGAACCACCACCCCCACAGAAGGAGCCUGUGAGGAUAUGAACCGAUUCUGUGCCUACUGGGCCAGGGAGGGAUACUGUACUAGAAGUCGGUACAUGGAGAUGUACUGUAAGGAAUCGUGCAACUUGUGCAAUGCCCAGAAGCGUUGUGAGGACAUGGGACAGUCGUGUGGUCUGCUGAGGGACCGAGGCUUCUGUGAGCUGCAGUUCGUCAGGAGUUAUAUGGAGUCGAAUUGUGCAGCUACCUGUAAUUUCUGCAGAGCUGGAGAGUUGCUUAGUGCCGAUGGAACACCUCUAAGGAGCAAAGCGUCAAAUCUUGGAUCCACCACCAUGCUAAUCGUAAUCCCCGCCUUCAUAGUUUGGAGUCUUCUAUAAAAAAUCUAACGCUUUCUGAGUGCAUCAUUUUGAUAAACUUUAUAGGGAUGUUUAAAUGUAUUUGCUUAAUAUAUACAUAAUAAUGAGUUAAUUUUACUUUUCGUUUCAAUAGAAUAAAAACAAUAUUUUUGUGAAUUGGUCGGUAUAUGUAUUAUUGUUGUUGAAUGGGGCCGCUAGCUUUUUUUUUUUUUUUUUACGUAUUUAUUUAUAUUGUUAGUUGAAAGAAAUAAAUGAUAAAUGAAGGAUUGUUUAAAAA